GCAUUGAAAUAUUUAUUCCAAGAGCAAUACAAUGGAAGCAGUAAAAGGAACGAUCAGUGAGAUAGCAGGCAUGAAGAUGCGCAAGCUCCUCCUUCAAAUAGUCUCGUUCAUAAUGAUUGUAGUCAGUGCUCUCAUGAUAUGGAAAUCCUGUAUGGUCCUCACCUUCUGAGAAUCCCCCAUCGUGGUAGUCUUGAGUGGAAGUAUGGAGCCUAGCUUUGCAAGAGGAGAUAUUCUCUUCCUCACAAACUUUGAUCAGGAUUAUACACCUGGAGACAUCGUUGUCUAUACUCAGGGCAGUUACGAGAUUCCUAUAGUACAUAGGCUGAUUACCGUCCAAGAGAUCGAGAAGGAUGGAGAGGCAUACCUGCUAACCAAGGGUGAUAACAACAAUGUGGAUGAUAGAGGUUUGUAUGAUAAUAACUUGACAUAUCUCAAUAAGAAGCAUAUUCUUGGCAAGAUCAGAGCUGUUGCUCCCUACGUCGGUAUUCUGACCAUCCUCCUGAACGAUUAUCCGUACUUGAAAUACACAGUGAUCGGCGGCAUGCUUAUUAUGGUACUUGUAGCAAAGGAUCCCCAGUCUUAAUCAUUUUAAGAUUUCAA